GCUGUGGCUUUACCUAAUGGUAUUGUUGCUAAUUUGUUUGGUCCGGUCGAAGGUCGGCGUCAUGAUGCAGGCAUGCUCAAAGAUUCAAGUGUUCUUGCUGCCUUGCAACAAGUGGCAUACAAUCCAGCUGGUGAUGUUUUAUGCAUUUAUGGGGACCCAGCCUAUCUCCUUCGCCCGCAGCUGAUGUGUCCAUACAAAGUAGGUGAUGUACAGGUGCUUACCCCUCAAAUGAGAGCCUUCAACAAAGCCAUGAGUGAG